CGAGCACACGCGAAGAGAAAUACUGAAAUAUGUUUAUCAUGGCAAGCGAGUCAGAGGAACGCACGGAGCAGGGAGUGGGGAGCAGUGAAUUGUCCUACCGCCUGAGACAGAGCGCACACAGUUCAGACAAAGAGGACAUUCAUGAGGCAACACAGGAGCGGCUGAAUCCUCACACCUGCUACCACUCGUCUGGAGUCACAAUCUGUUCUGAGGAAAAUAAAAAGUCACACGCAGAAAGUUUGAAAUUCUCCAGGUCUGAGCUGGAAGAAUACAGUAUGAGUAAUCGCUCUGAUGAUGAAGAGGAGCUGGAGGCGCCGCUGCCUCUGAGGUCUGAGGAGGACUGGCAUCAUUCUACCCACCAUCACAGACAUUGCCAUACUUCUUACAUUAGUACACCUGACCGAUAUCAUCAUGCUCCUCCCUGGCUCAUCUGUCAGCAUCCUGUCUUUCGUCACCAAGUUCACACCUGGCACCCAUCCGUACAGCCGAACUGGUGCCACAAUCCUCAGCAGACUGGUGAGAGCAGCGCCUAUACCGGCCUGGUGUCUGUGAAUGUGCCGCACUUCUCCCUCCCGCCAGCAGGGGGGGUGUCGCAGGCGCAGUUCGGAGAGAUGGCCUCAGGAUGUUACGCAGAGGAGAGGAGAAAAGGAGCGGGGCUGCCAGAGGAGUGCAGUGAGUCAAAUAAAAUGUUAAAUGUUGUGUUUAACUUACUGUGCUGUACUUGAGUUUUACCUUCUUAAAGAGUCAAUAUUAUGCAAAAUAGAUAGUUUUUAGCUUUCUACCAUGUUAUAACAUUGUUCCCUCAUCAAAAACAUGCCUGAAGAAGAGGUUUUAUAUAUCAUUCAUGCAUGUUUUAGUAUUUUAGUGAUCUCUCUGGGGCCCUAUUUGAACCCUCCUUAUAGUAAACUGUAAGAUUCUGUGCAAUACUCAGCCCACAAGCCUACGUCAUCCAUGCUCCCACACAACAAUUUUUCCAUAAAUAUACAAAAACAUGGUGCAAAACUGUCCACAUGACAAACCUGAUGAGAUGUACAGUAGUUUCAUUAGCGGGAUGCACGCUGAUUGUGUUGUGAUAAGGGAGACUCAAAGCUUUAGAGUGAAAAGCGAAAGUGAAACUUAAAAGAUAUGUUAAGAUGUUGUUUUCAGCGAAUAUAGCAUUUUCAGAACAAUAAAAGGUAACAAGGUGAUCUAAAUAUGCUAUGUGUUAGUGUUUAAUACCCCAAUGAAGUUUAAUACCCCCUCUUUAAAAACAGAGCAGUUCAUUUUUGCAGUGGUCUAAGUUAUAAAUCCCGAGAAAUCUAAUUAUUCCACCGCGAUUAGUUUAUAAGUGCUUCUGACAACUCACAAUCUGCAUGCUGACGCACACUUCCUGAUUAUCUGACAUUACACAGUCGUCUCAUUUUGACUUCAAGAGUUGCUUAUACAGUAUCUGUACUAGGGAAAGACACAUUUUGCUCAAAUACAUGGAAAAAUCAAGUACAGGGCGUUUAACUGACUGAGCACAUAAUACAGCAGGUACAGUAUAUGGUCUUAUAUUGGGCUGGGAACCAAAACUCAGCUCCUGUUUGGCAUAGGCCAAAAAGGUCCUGUAAGUACAAAGUUCAUUUGGUUCAUUUUUAAUACAAUCGCCAUGUCAGUGAGCCAAUAAUUAGAAAAAAUACAAAGCAAUGCAAACAAACAAAAGCUGUAUUCUUUUUGUAUUUUUUUGUUAUGUUUUAAUUAAAGUCUUGAAUAGGUUUGACUGUGCUCCACUCCCUCUCAUCCAUCAGUGAGCGUGUGAAAAUGGCUUGGACAUGCUCAUACUAGCUCUGGGCUUAGAGUCAAAGAAGCACAUUAUGGGACAUGCUAUGGCAAAGGUGUGACACUGUCAAUGAAUCUGUUAGAUUGAUGAUAUUCAGUUUGGUUUAGUAUUUUGUUUGGUAAAGAUCCAAGAUGCCAAGGCACGAGCGAGAGAGCCUGAGAUUCAGAAUAUGUCUGCUGAAUAUUUAAAAGGUAAUUUUUUAUUUUGAAUUUUUAAACACUUUGAAUGUGUAUACUUAAAAAAGCUGUUGAAAUUAUUUUAUCUAUAAUGUUUCACAGUAUGACAUUUAUCUCUAUGGAAACAAGCACUAGGCCAUGUUACUGUUCAAAUGUGGAGAGACGAGCUCACUCACAAUAAGAAUGUCUGUCCCAUUAGGUGCACCAUUCAUUUCUCUGUCAAACUGAUGUUGCAAUGUUUUCUAAGCCUUUCUAACUGUCAUACAUCUCAAGACAAAAUACCACAGUCAUAUAGGUGAGAAAUGUGACGUGUCUUCUUUACUGACACAAAAAUAUUAUGACACUGGCAAACUGUCCAAAUGAAAUAAUAAAUCAUAAGUUACUGUCAUGAAAAAGUUAGUGUCAAAAGAAAAAUUCAAUUUUGUCAAUUGGACAAAAGUUUUAGAGUGAAGACGUUUCGCUGCUCAUCCAAGAGGCUUCUUCACUGCCUUAUACCUAUCUGAAAAGAGGAGAUAACUACACUGAAACUAACACACCGAUUUAUUUACAGUUUCUGUUUGUAGGCUAGGUCUGUUGAACUACAUUAAGUUUGAACUGUGCCUGAGUCACAGUUUGCUCUCACAACUAUUAGCAUACUGACUGCACUAUUGUUUUCCUUGUUUUGAUUUGGGUCUGAGGGUGGAGUUAUACAUUUAUAAAUAGGUGAUAAUAGGUGAUUAUGACUAAGUUCCCCAUUCCUAGGAAUGCUGUCAUGUAAAGGCAUGUAGCCUGACACUGGGUAUAAGAUGUGUUUUAGGACAAAUGUUCAUUCAAAGCAUUACAAUUUCAAAAAUUUUAAAAACUUCUAAUUAAAUUUCAAAUUACUAUGAGCUAAUUACUGUUUGUUUUGUAUUGCAGGAAGUAUUUUCAUUACCUACUCAUCUGACGCCUCCUCAGACAUGCUCCAGUUUGCUGAAUUCCUGUCCAAACAAGGAUUCCGACCCACUAUUGACGUAGUAGACAUUCCUGUUAACUGCACGGACAUCAACAGGUGGAGAGAUGGUUUUUUAAAAGAUCCCUCUACUCUGAUCAUCAUUGCCAUCAGCCCCAAGUACAAAGCAGAUGUGGAAGGAAUUGCUGUGGACACCCAGGGCCUGCACACUAAAUACAUUCAUUCUAUGAUUCAAAACGAAUUCAUCCAACAAGGCUGCUUGAAUUUCAGAUUUAUACCUGUUUUAUUUCUAAACACAUCCCAGGAGCACGUACCUAGCUGGCUGCAGAACACCAAAGUCUACCACUGGCCCCUCCACAGUGAGGACCUAUUACUACGGCUACUGCGGAAAGAGAGGUAUGCCCCGCCCACUGUCGCCAAGGAGAUCAGCGUCAUUAUUCAACCAGUGCCUCUCUGUGCCACUACGUCCCCACUACAACCACUAUAGACUUGAGUUACUCCUGUAGUAACAUAUUUAUUUUGUACAUAUAACAUAUACUCUUUGGAAAUCCCACUGCUUAAAGGCAGAUAGUGAUUUAAUUAAAAAAACAUCAAUCAAUAAUGUUUGAGUUGUCAUAAAUCACUUUUAGUUUGUCCCUGCAGGGCUGCCGUAGCUGUUUAAGUGAUAAGUAGGACAUGCUGCAUCC